CCAAAGUAAAGAUGGCGGACGUGUCUGGGACUGAGCUGUCAGAGGAGAAAGAAGCAGAAAUUGAGCUCAAGAAAAGACAGAAACGGCCGUGGGAUGACUUGCACAAGUCCGGGAAAAUCGGUAUAACACCGGAGCUGCCAGAAACGUUGGGGUUUUACGAUAUAAGCGCUGUCAGGAGGGAGCAACGGGAGCGGCCAGCAGAUCCGUCGUUGACACGCUUCAUUAGCGCAGAGCUAACCAGAGGCUACUUCCUGGAGCACAAUGAGGCAAAGUACACCGAGCGCAGAGAGAGAGUUUACACAUGUAUGCGUAUUCCCAAGGAGCUGGAGAAGCUGAUGAUCUUUGGCUUCUUCCUGUGUGUGGACGCCUUCCUGUAUGUCUUCACCCUACUGCCCCUCAGGGUGCUGCUGGCCAUGCUGCGCCUCCUCACUCUGCCAUGCUGUGGCUUCAGGGCACGCACAUGCCCCUACUGCAGAAGAAGCAGCGGGUCUCGGCUGCUGCAGCCAGCGCAGGUUUGUGACGUGCUGAAGGGUCUGAUCAUGGUGCUGUGCUUCUCCAUGAUGCAUUAUGUCGACUACUCCAUGAUGUACCACCUGAUCAGAGGGCAGUCUGUCAUCAAACUCUACAUCAUCUACAACAUGUUGGAGGUGGCUGACCGCCUCUUCUCCUCCUUCGGUCAAGACAUCCUGGACGCUCUCUACUGGACGGCCACAGAACCCAAAGAACGAAAAAGAGACAGUAUAGGAGUCAUUCCUCACUUCCUAAUGGCCGUCUUUUACGUCUUCCUUCAUGCCAUCCUCAUCAUGGUCCAAGCCUCCACCCUCAACGUUGCCUUCAACUCACACAACAAGUCCCUGCUCACCAUCAUGAUGUCCAACAACUUUGUGGAGAUCAAAGGAAGUGUGUUCAAGAAAUUUGAGAAGAACAACUUGUUCCAAAUGUCCAACAGUGAUAUCAAGGAACGGUUCACCAGCUACGUCCUCCUGCUCAUCGUUUGUCUCAGGAACAUGGAGCAGUUUUCAUGGAACCCAGACCACCUGUGGGUGUUGUUUCCUGAUGUCUUCAUGGUCGUCACCUCUGAAGUCGCUGUUGACGUCAUUAAACAUGCUUUCAUCACCAAAUUCAAUGACAUCACUGCAGAUGUGUACAGUGAAUACCGAGCCAGUUUGGCUUUUGAUCUCGUCAGCAGUCGACAGAAAAAUGCUUGUACAGACUACAGUGACUCAGUGGCCCGGAGGAUGGGCUUCAUCCCUCUGCCUUUGGCUGUUCUGCUCAUCCGAGUGGUAAUGACGUCCGUGAAGGUGCAGGGAGCUCUUUCAUACACUUGUGUGUUCCUCUUUUAUCUCGGGCUGGUUACACUGAAAGUGUUGAACAGUAUUGUGCUUCUGGGGAAGUCGUGUGUUUACGUUAAGAGGGCCAACAUGGAGGACAAACUGUUUGAGGGGCCCACCAGCACUCCAUCCUCCUCUGGGAAAACCCCCAGCAAAGCUGACCAGGCCAGAUGUCCCACACCUUCAGGUGAACCAAAUAUGGAGCAGGAGCCUGUCACACCCUGCAGCCCACCACCACCACCUCCCUCCUCUGUGACCACCCAGCCAACUCCCAGGUCUGACUUGUUUCCUCCCCCGUCCACUGAACCUGCUCCUGAUGCACCAGCUGCCCGUCCUCCAACGCCACCACCUGAUCCUGAUCAGCCUGCACCUUCACUCUCCACAGAAGAGGAGGGCGGGGCGCAGGGAGCCUCUGAACUGAAGCACAGGACUCCCAAAAAAGACCUGCUGGAGAUCGACCGUUUCACAAUCUGUGGUAACCGCAUCGACUGACCAGCGGCAGCCGCUGAUGUAGCGAUUAACCACUCAGGAAAGACGGAGAGUAGAGGGCUCUUCAGCCCCGCUGUCCAGGCCAACAGCAGCAGAAAGCUGAGUAUUUAUUAAAGUCAGUGGCAAUACACAACUAUGGUGAACAUAGACCAGCCUGCUGUUGUUGAUGCCUAAAGUCGAGAAGUUUUACACAGAAAACUUCUGCAGAGAAAGUGUGACUGGAUGAACUGUCAUGUUCGUGUGUGAGUGUGAGGAUGGUUCAGUAUUUGGAGAGAGUGUGUGUGUGUGUGUGUAUGUGUGAGACAGUGUAUGUGAGAGCACACAAGCACUUCCUGUCUGAGCAGCACUGGGGACCAGAAAAAAAGAAACUUCUCAGUUUGCUCAGCAGCCAGAAAACAAACUUCCAAA